AUCCGAGUGAGAGAGGGCCAGUCAUAUCCACGUGUCGUUUUCAUCAUCAAGUUGCUUGUUGAGCAUGAGUGUUAGAUAGCGCUCACUCCGUGUCCCAUACGCAGUGUCUCUCAGAGGAAUUUCGGCUUAUCAGAGGAAAGCGGUGAAAUCGUGCCGCGGCGGGAACGUUCCCCCACCUUCGAGUUUUCUCCACCUUCCCACGAGCAUCGACCACUUUCGGUCAAACAUUGCUCAGUCGGUGUUCACCUUAUCAACUCAAUCGACGGUGUCAAAGUUCUCCGAGGAAAUGAAGGCUAUAUUUCUGUUGGCAUCGAUCGCGCUCUGUGCGGCCGCGGAACUCAAGGUGGACGUGCUUCAAGAGGCGACAUGUGAGCGGAAAUCCAAAAAGGGGGAUUCUCUCACGAUGCACUAUACCGGUACAUUAGAGAAGGACGGCUCCAAAUUUGAUUCCUCUCUCGAUCGAGGAGAGCCUUUCCAGUUCCAGCUCGGAGUGGGGCAAGUCAUCAAAGGAUGGGAUCAAGGGCUCGAGGGAAUGUGCGUUGGCGAAAAGCGGAAACUCACCAUCCCUGCUGAACUCGGUUACGGAGAACGUGGCGCCGGUGACAAAAUUCCGCCCGGCUCAAAUCUGGUUUUCGAGGUCGAGCUGCUGAAAAUCGAAGAAGGGCCAAAAACUGUGAACAUUUUUAAAGAAAUCGACUCGAAUUCUGAUCAGCAACUCUCCAAGGACGAAGUCUCGACCUAUCUCAAGGUGUGUUCGAUUUUCUCAAAGUAUCCGGGAGUCUGUCUUCGGACGACAGUCCCCGACGUGGACUGCAUACUGGCAUACAGGACCUUACGGAAAAUCCCUGUGUAUUGCAAGAACAAGACUAAUUCGGAAGCUUUGCAGCAACAACUACCAGCAGCUCAAGCCGCAGGUAUGGCUGAUCUCCCCGAAACAGAGAAAAUGGUCGCCGAUAUAUUCGAUCACGAGGAUACCGAUCACAAUGGCUUCAUUUCGCACGCGGAAUUCUCUGGACCCAAGCACGACGAGCUGUGAUUGAGAUCUCGACAUGCGAUUGUACGAACGCACCGCGAGAAAGCGUAGCAUUAUUCAGUUGUGAGGAGCGAACGUGAAUACAAGGUCUUCCAAACAGGCUCUGAGAGGCCAAAAGGCAUCUGAGAUGGUACCCACCUAGCGGGGAGAAUACGAGCCGAGCAAUAAUAUAAUUUAUUCUCUUA